AUGCCCUGGCACGGUCGGCCCCUCCGAUGCCCCCCUGGCCAAAAUGCAGCGUGGCGCCUCGCCGGGGGCCGCCCAUGGGUCGCCCCGCAUCCACCUGCUGCCCCAAUGUUCGCGAUCCAGCCCACCGGCCGCCUUCUGGCCGAGGGGGGGGGCCUUGGCGAUAGAUCCCAAACACCAGAGGAAGGAAUCUCAGGAGUAACACAGCCUCUCGGCAGCAGAGUGGACCUCACCGGUUUCUCCUUGGGGUUCGAUGGCAUUUCUCAUCCAGUCAAGCAACUGACCCCGGGCGCCAAGAAUCCCAACUUCCCACCCAAAUCAACUCACACAAGCAACCUCACGUUGACCGCGCCUCUCGAAAUGGCUCACAAUCAUCCUCCUAACCCAUAUUUCCAACAGCUCUCAAAAGUGCCCUCUGUGUCCAACUGGAAGUGUUUAGUGUGCGGACGGAAGGGCAUGGAAGACUAUGGCCCCCACUCACACUCGGCGAAACACCUGGAAGCUGUGGCGCGCUACAACGCUCGUCAAGCUGCUGAAAACAUGAUGAUGCCUGGCCUCCAAGAGCCAGACCCACCCGGUGCCAUCUCGCCCGCUCCUGUCCAAGAUAACAUCUUUGAUGAAAUCACCUCUCGCUCCGAUACUCCAGAAAGGGCUCCCUCUCCUUUCACUGCGCUUCACGCUCUCGCAAUGGCGGAGGAGCGUCAGAUUUCCGAUUCAGAUGACUCCGAUGGAGAAGUUGACCUUCAAAAGCUUGCUGAGGCUUUUAGGGUCAUGGAAGAAGAUAUGUGGGGUGAAGAGGGCGACGAGGCAAUUGAUGCGGCCGCCCUGGAAGCGGAUUUGCGCACGUCCACGAUGCCUGUGGAAGAGGCUUCCCAAUGGUACCCGUUUAAGAAGAAAGAGGGUUAUUGA